AUGGUAAGUGCAAAAACUUGGAAGAGAGAGUUUAUUAGGGAACAAGAGGAGGAGGAGGUAGCUAUGAAGGUGGAAGUAGAAGAGAUUCUUCAUAUGGUUGGAGGCUUAGGAGAGGAACAAGCAAUAGGGAAGGCAAAACCUAUAGUUGAAAAGAGCAUAUCAGAGGUAUAUUGCACUCUCCUCCCUCAAAACUUAGUCAUUGUAGACUUAGGAUGCUCCUCAGGCCCUACAGCAUUCAUGGUGAUCUCAAACAUACUCUCAGCCAUAGUACCCGACCUCUGCCACCGUUUGAGCCACCACCGGUCGCCAGAGAUCUCCUUCUUCUUAAACGAUCUCCCCGGAAAUGACUUCAACACAAUCUUCAAGUCCUUGACUAAGUUGGAAAAAAUGGUUAGAGAGGAGAUCAAAGAGCUCAAAGAUUUGCCUUACUAUGUCUUUGGAGCACCGGGAUCGUUUUAUGGGAAGUUGUUCCCGAGGGACAGCAUACACUUCACGCACUCUUCCUAUAGUCUUCAUUGGUUAUCUCAGGUACCUCAAUCACUUCAGGACUAUGAGGAUACUCCAAUAAACUGCGGGAACAUUUAUAUAGCAAAGGAUAGCCCUUCUGGUGUUUCUAGAUCAUAUCUUGAACAAUUUCAGCAAGAUUUCUCAAUGUUUCUCAAGUUGAGAGCAGAAGAAAUUAUCUCUGGAGGACAAAUGGUUUUGACAUUUUUAGGGAGGACCAACUUGGAUCCUCUGAGAGGAGAGAUGACCUAUCUUCUUGAAUUAUUAGCAGAGGCACUCAAUAGUUUUGUUUCAGAGGGACUGUUAGAGAAGGAGAAAGUGGAUCAAUUCAAUAUGCCCUUCUAUGCGCCUGCAAUGGAAGAAGUAAGGGAAAUCAUAAUGAAUCAAGGAUCAUUUAAUCUCCAUCAAGAGUAUAUUUUUGAGUUGAAUUGGGAUCCUCAUGACAGUUGCGAUGGAGAGUUUGUUUCUGAUAACAAACUGAGCGGAGAAAACGCUGCGAAAUGCGUGAGAGCUGCGCUAGAACCUAUGCUUGCGAGUUAUUUUGGGGAGGAGAUCAUUGACACCUUGUUUUCAAGGUAUGCAGAGAACGUUGCAAAGCAUCUUUUGAAACAAAAGACUAAGUUGGUUAAUUUCACCAUUGCAUUGAAGAAAAUAUGAUGAAAAAGGUGAAUGAACUUAUAGAAAUGAAGGUAAUGUAUUUGUGUUUACUAAAUAAAAAUACCCUUUUUAUUGGGUUUUUAGAGUAUAAAAGUAUAACUCUUAAUCUU